UUAUUUUUUUUAUUCUACUGAAAGUUUGCCAUUGCUAAUUCAGCAUUGUAACCUUUAAGGGUGAGAUGCCACCUAUAACAAUCAUGAGUCGUGGAUCCAGGUAUGGACUUAUGUCACUGACCGAAAAUCGAUGUGUCCCGUUAAAGAAAAUCAACAUCCAGGUGGCGAUCCAUGGAUUUAUCGCCAACGUGACCUCUGACCUUCAGUAUGUUAACGACUCGGACGAGAACAUGGAGACAGAGUUUGUCUUCCCACUCGACUCUGACGCAGCUGUUUAUAAGUUUGAAGCUGAGUUAGACGGUAGAACCAUUGUAGCAGAGGUUCAAGAGAAAUCACAGGCAAAAGAGACAUACCAAGAUGCCGUUUCUUCUGGUCACACGGCUAUGUACAUGGGAGAAGAUGACAACGCUGGAGAUAUAUUUCGUCUCAAACUCGGAAAUCUCCCGGCCAAGAAAGCAGCAAAAUUCACAUUUGCUUACGUAGUGGAGCUGGAUUUGUCAUCUGAUAAAGCGGGGACAUUUAUGUUGCCAACAGUUCUAAAUCCAAGAUACGUUCCAGACUGUUCAUCAAAAGACGAAUCUAACUCUGAGGAGACUGACACAACAAUAAUAACAUGUAAAACAACCGAAAGCGAUUUUGGAAUGAUAUAUUGCUCAGACUUUACAAUGAAUUUGGAAGCUGAAGUUGAUGGAGGUAGAAACCUUAUGGUUUCCGAAAACAAGAUGGAGUUUGAUGUGGUGGCAGAUGCAAUCGAUAACAAGAUGACGUCAUCCAAACAGCUCAAACAUGGAUCUGAUUUCACAAUAGUUUUACACUACAAAGGAUUUGAAAAGCCAGGAGCAGUGCUAGAGAAAGGAAAGGAAGGCAGCGAAAAACCAUUUUUAUCGACGGAUGUGCUUAUGAUUAAUUUUUCCCCAGAAUUCAAAGACUUGGACACAAACGUGCCGUGUGAAUUUGUUUUUAUAAUCGACCGUUCUGGUAAGACUUAA